GGUGCAAAUCGGUUAAAAACAGCUGCCACCAUGCUGGGGACGACAACAGGAAGGAAACGAAAGAAGGACAUAGUUGGCGAGAUUCAACUGAACGUUUGUCCAGAUGAAACAGAGCUCCCAGGUAUUCUAGAACAAACUGGAAGAAAAUGGAAAACAACAACGAGGCUGAAAACACAACCGGAUGGAGGGGCUGUAGAGGGCAGCAGGAGAAGAAAGAUACAACCGGAUGGAGGGGCUGUAGAGGGCAGCAGGAGAAGAAAGAUACAACCAGAUGGAGGGGCUGUAGAGGGCAGCAGGAGAAGAAAGAUACAACGCUGCAGAGAGUCCGACACGGGAAUGGACAGUGUCCCCUCUAAGUCUGACAACAGGACUCCUGAUGCUGGACCAGAAUCUGAGACAGGGGAAGAUGGCCCCCAUACAACCAUGGUUGAGACAAGCACCCAACACCGCAGACGCAUCCAAAACGAUAAAGCUCUCAGUGAAAAAGAAUGGAGGGCUAUGAAUGAGCUCAAAGAGUUUGUUCCCAAUAUUGCGUCUCGUCCUGUUAAUAAGAUCAGAAUGAUGAUCAAAUAUGAUCUUUAUCGAUUCAAGGAAUUCCGAAGACAAGGUAGGUUUAUUCUUUAAACCCUCGUGGUGUUUAUCGUAGGAUGAUGUAGUUAACUUGUCCACAUGUAAGCUAUGUUAUGUAACAUGUUACUGUGUUGAUGUUUGAGACAUUUAUUGACUUCUGGAAAAAAGGGGAAAUUGUGAUUUCUUUUCUCCCUUAACACAUGAAUCCACAUUCAGUGUUUGGCCC